AGCGUCAAGGCUACCGCCUGGCAGCUUGAGCUUUGUACGGAUGGGACGUGGCCGGUGAGAGCGAGACUCUCCCCCGACACUCCCACAACUCCCAAAAGCCUCUUCUCGAUUCCGAGCCGCGCCGCGGCCAUGUGGCACGGGCGCACGCCGCAGCCUGCGCGGCACGGCGGCCUCCACCACGCCGGCCUGGCGCGGUGGCACCCCGGCGGCCGGGCGGAAAAGGACGCCGCCGCCGCACGCCUCCCGCAGCGCCGCACAAGCGGGGCGGCGGCGCCGCCGCUGCCCAGGCAGUGGUACGACGGCGCCGCGGCCGCCCCCGAGGCGCCGCACCUCGGUCCGACGCGUGUGCGCCAGUCGCGCGCCGCGUGCCAGGCCCCCGCCGAGCGGACCGUCGAGGAAGACCUCCGGUACGCCCUUGCGGCCGCAGUGCCCCGCCCCGCGGAUGCGUCCCUCCUCCAGCACUGCAUGGUGGAGCUCUGGUCCGUGGUGAGGUGGCUGGGGCCGGAGUGGAGGGUCAGCAAGUUCGGCAGCGCUGGGAACCACUUCCUGACAUGCUCCUCGGACCUUGACGUUACCGUGCACACCGUGGACGGCCAGCGGGAGGGCAUCCCCGCGUUGGCUGCCGAGGAUUUGGAGACCAGAAUUCUGCCACUGCUGGAGAGCACUGAGCGAUUCGAGUUGCGGGAGGUGGUCGCUAAUGCUCGAGUCCCCGUGCUCAAGGUUCGCUUCGACGGCGUUCUGGACGUCGACCUCACGUGCCACAACACAGAGGCCAUGCGCAACACCCAGCUGCUGUGCGCCUACGCCGAGCUCCACCCUGUAGUGCGGGACGUCGUGCUGCUGGUGAAGCAGUGGGCGAAGGCGGCCCAGGUGUGCGGCGCGCACGAGCGCCACCUCACGUCCUAUGCCCUCACCCUGAUGGUGGUAUACUUCCUGCAGG